GAAACGUCUGAAUGUCUCCUACUUCUCCUCCUCCUCCUCCCCCUCCUCCUCCUUCAGAGUGCGGUCGAUGGUUGAAGGGUAGGACCAGUAAUCACAGGAUGUCUGGUCCCAGCAGGAUUCUCAGAUCCAUCUAGCUCGGACCCAGACCUGGUUUUAGUGAGUCUCCGCUCGACAUGGACCUCAGCAACUGCCAGGACUGGAUGUCAUCUUUACCAGAGCAGCUGUGGGACAUCCCGCUCACAGACCUGGCCAUACCUGGGAGCCACGAUGCCAUGAGCUACUGCCUGGACAUUAACUCCCCCCUGGUCAGGUCUGAGUCGGACUUCUUAAGGAUCAUGGAUGGACUUUUCUACUGCUUAACCAGACCUACCAUUUUCAAAUGGUCGACCACACAGUGCUCAGUGAACUGAGUUACUCUUCUUUUCAGGAUAAAAGCAUCGAGGAGCAGCUUUCGAUGGGGAUUCGUUUCUUUGAUCUCCGCGUUGCACACAAACAAAACGACUCAUCCUGCGACCUCUAUUUCACUCACGUCAUUUACACUCAUCUAACAGUUUUGGAAACACUGCUGUCUGUUGCCAUUUGGCUGAAGUCUCAUCCUAAAGAGAUUGUUAUCCUCGAUUGCAGCCAUUUUGAGGGAAUGGACGACAGAUGUCACGAAUUGUUCAUUUUUUCCCUGAAGAAGCUGUUUGCCUCCAAACUCUGUCCCCGGACGGAAUCUGUCCUUACCCUGCGGAGCCUGUGGGCAUCUGGUUACCAGGUCAUCCUGACCUACGACUCCCAGUGUGCGUUGAGACAUCAGGAACUCUGGCCUGACAUCCCCUACCACUGGGCCGACCAGCGCACGGCACAGGGACUGAUCAGUUACCUGGACAGGAACAAAGAUAGGGGGCGUCCAGAUGGCUUCUUUGUCUCUGGCCUGAACCUGACGGCUGAUAAGGGUUACAUCCUCACACAUCCAAAGGAGUCGCUGCGGACGCUGACUUACAGUAACUGGGAGUGUUUGAAGAACUGGCUGGAGGAGCAGAUCCCUGGCUCGCAGUCCAAGAGCCUGAACAUCAUCGCAGGAGACUUUGUGGGGACACUUCCCCUCUGCUCUCUGGUCAUUGCACUCAACCAAAAACUUUUAUGGAAGGAUUCCAGUUCGAUAAAGAAAAUAAUAUAAGAUGUGAUUGGAUUCCACUACAGCUCACAACCCUAUUGUUCCUUCUCUAUAUCUCUCUCAAUGUAUAUGCAGUUUUGUCCGAAUUGUGUUUUGUGUUUAAAAAAAAUCCUAACUCAUUCUGCAACGUGCAAUUCAUAUGUAUGUGUUUACAAGAAUGCACAUCAUUCUUUAACUAAAUUAUUAUUUUCAUUUAUUUGAAUACAAUGUACAAUACAUUCUUUUAAUGUCUCUUUGACCCACAUGGAACACUUCAGUACUUCUGCCCCGUACUCUGCUAUCUGCCCGGGAACAGCUUCUUGUAGCGUCCGUAAGCUGCGGUGCUGAUGAGAACCUUGACGACAGCCGAGCCGUCGUCUGCGUUCACCUGCACGUCCUGAACGACAGCCUCUUUGUAAAGCCAGCUGGGGAUGAAGAUGCACAUUUACUUACGGAUGAUUUGUUAUUUUAAACAUUAAAAAGUAAGAGAAGCAGCUCACACCUUAAUUGAGAAGUGCUGAGGUUGACUUUCAGAUCUAAAAUGCGUUUCCCAGUGGAGUUUACGAUCUCUUCUUCCACUACCUCCUUCAGCUCGUCUAGGCCUCGCUCUUGCAGGGCAGAUACGGGUAGUGCCUCAGGCUCUGCACACUGAUAACUGAGAAUAUAAAGAUUAUAAAAAAGAGAUGAGUGUUUCUUCCUUUUGACAAAUGUAACCCAUCAUAUCGCUUACAUCCUUGAUCUUAUUGUGAAGGUCUUCAAAAUAGCUGUGGAAAAACUCGUAGGUGCAAAAAGAGUUGUUGCUAUUACUUGUUUACGAGAUCAGUUUUAUUGUGGACUUCUAUCAUGGAGCUCGUCAGCCUGUCGGGGACCUUGAGGUUCUUGAGGACAUUCAGGACGUUCACCUUCUGAUUCACCGCCUCUGGAUGACUUAUGUCUCUGACGUGAAUCAACAGAUCCUGGAAGUGGGAGCGAAACGAGCAUAGAGUUCACACAUUCGACUAUGAGGUUAUUUUUUACUUUAAAUGUUCUGUCAGCAAAUCAUCCCAUCACACAGCGAUGUGAGCCUCAUGUACAUACAGAGUGUUUGAUAUCGUCCAGGGUGGCCGAGAAGGAGUCGAUGAGCUGGUGGGGCAGCUGGGACAGGAAGCCGAUGGUGUCCACAUACAGAACCGUCAUGCGGCUGGGAAGCUGGCCGGCAUGGACCGUGACAUCCAGGGUGGCGAAGAGUUGGUUUCUGGGCUGGAGAGCGCUGUCCCCAGUCAGAGCUUUGAUCAGAGUGGUUUUCCCUGAGCAGACAACGGGAGAGAAAUAUCUACAGCACUGGUACAUUGUUUAGCUUGACCUGGUGUGUGUGUGAGUGUGAGUAUGUGUGUGUGUGUGUUUCCAGUCUCACCACAGUUUGUGUAUCCCAACACAGAGACGAUGGGGAACUCGUUACGUUUGCGCUGAGAACGCAGCAGGUGCCUCUUCCUGCGCAGUUUUUCCAGGGCUGAGCGAAUCUUUAACUCGCGCUCCUUCAGCAGCCGCUGCUGGACCUCAAACAGUGUCUCACCUGCAAGGAGCACAUACCAAGCAGAGUGUUGUUCUACCCGGGCAGCUCAGCUACUGUUCAUGCAGGCAGACACUCAGGUGCGGCGAUGGCACAGUACCUGAACCGCCGAUGUAUCUUGAUCCUCCACCUUGCUGAUCCAUGUUUCCCAUUUCAUUCUUCAAACGAGAUCUGCCAGCGAUAUAAAGAGUGUUCGAACAGUAAAGACGACAGCUGAGGACACAACACACACCCUCUACACCUGCUGCUACAACCACCCCCCUUUUUUCUAUUUACCUUCGUCUUUCUACUGAACAUCCGUCCCCACUUCCUCCCUUCGAUAUGCUGAGAAUGGAUUAUGUUGACUGUUGUAUUUUUCAUUAUUUUUCUAAAUUGUACAAAUUAAGUUCCUAAAGCUAAAUAAAUCUAUUAGUUUUAACGCUGA